AUGGCCGACUACUGGGUCUCGCGGGACAAGUACUUUUGCAAAUACUGCAAGAUCUACAUUGCCGACGACAAGCCCUCCCGCAUUCACCACGAGACCGGUCUGCGGCACAAAGGGAACUAUGAGCGCUAUAUCCGGGAUAUCUACAAGAAGGGGAUGCAGGAGAAGAAGGAUCGGAGGGAGGAGGCGGAGGAGGUUGCGAGGGUUGAGGCGGCCGCGGCAGCAGCCAUGGGUCUCCCUCCCCCCGCUCCCGCUCCUACCGCCUCCUCCUCGAAACCCAAACCCGCCGCUUCAGGCCCCCCAGACCCCUACACAAACUACACCACUGCCUCCUCACUCGGCAUCAAAGACGAGGAAGCCGAGAGGGAGGCGGAGAUGCGCGCUUUGAGGCAGAAGGAGGGGAGGAUUGGGGAGUGGGAGAGGGUGGUUAAGCCGAGUUCGACGUAUGUGGAGCAGGGGAAGGGGAAGGCGAGGGAGAGGGAGGAGGGGCUGGUCGGACGGCCGGUGUUGGGAGGACAGGCUGGAGGAUCGGUCAAGCGUGAGGACGGAGAGGACGUCAAGCCUGAUCCCACUGCUGCAAACGGCGUGGCGGGCUCGUCGACCACCUCCGCACGAAAUGGAGACGACGAGGAGGAAGACGAGGCGUCGAAUCCGAUCGGAGCAGCGAAGAAGCGCGGCUUCCUGACCGAAAAGACGCUCGCGGACGACGACGACGACCCGCUCGCCUCGCUCGCGCCAAUCAAGCUCAAGAAGCGGCGGUUGACGGUCAAGGAGCAGCAGGCGGAGGAAGAGGCGCGAUUGGAGAAGGAGCGGGAGAAGGAGGAGGCGCGGAAGCUGGCGAGAGAAAGUGGGGCGAAGGGCGGGUGGCAGCAGGUUGAUCUUGCGCAAGAGGGCGACGAGGAGUUCGACCCGCUCGCGGACAUCGUGGCGCAGAAGGAGGAGGAGGAGCGGAGGAAGCGGGAGGAGGAAGAGGCGGAGGAGCGGCGGCGCAAGGAGGAGCUGGAGGAGGACAAGCCCAAGGUGUCGACUUCCGGGUUCAAGAAGCGCAAGAUGGCGGGCGCGGCGGCGGCUAGGAAGAGGUAG